AUGUCCUAUCUGGAAAACGAAAUCUCAAUGACCGAAGGUUGGCAGGACCUUGUCGUCUGGGACGAGGAAUUGUUGGAUCCAUUCUUCCAGGGCGCCACCAGCUACCUAAGUGCACAACAGAGCAGCUACACCUCGAGCUACCAGUUUUCGGACAGCUACACUUCUGAGCCGUCUUACCUAGUAUCAGCGCCCCCUUCUGUUGCUGAUGAACCCCCGUCACUGGAGUACUCAGCCCCGCCAUCGAUUCCUGACGAACAGUGCUUAAGUGGGCGAAUGUAUGAUACCUCGCUAUCCUUCGACGCCCAUUCCACUUCUCGCUCGCCUUUCCCAACCGGCAGCCAUGACUUUGGGUCUUUUCGCAUCUACAACAAUAAUCUCCUAUCACCCCUGGAAAACUUCGACGAUGUACCGAUCCUAGACACACGUUACGAUCGUAUCCCUGAGACCUUCCCGUCAUCAACAGGUUCUCUUGAAAGCGCAGCCGAGACGGUAUUCAACCCUUAUAUAACAGGAUCGUCUCACUCCUUCAGUGGCUUGGAUGUGAGGGUUUCUGGUGUUUUCUCGAACCCUAGUGCCUGGGCGGAUAGGCCACGCAUCAUCGAGCCAAUUGACGAGAAUGCUUCAAACAGUGCAGAAGUCGCGCCGAUCACUAUACCACAAAGUUUCUCGCAAAGUUACAAUCCAGCACCUUCAUCUUAUCGGCAAUCGAAUAGGGAGAGGGAGCUGCAUAGCAGCAGCAUGGCCAUUACGAUACCUGCCGGCGUACGUACGAACUACAACAAUCGAACAUCACACUCGGAAUCGACACGCAGAGUCCCUCCAAUACUAUCCGUCUCGCCCGGAGCUUUGCGCCCAUCUCGCAGUGCCAUGUCACCCAGACACACCUCACGUCCCCGCCGCAAGACCUCCAUACCAUCACCCGCCUCCGAUUCGUAUGCAUGGGUCGCCUACCAGCCAAACCCAUUGACCAAUAGGUUAGCGCCUACGAGCACCGAAGGCCUGGCUGGACGAGCGCUAAGGGGACGUAAGAAGGCUCUUACCGCUGAGCAGCGAAGUCACGCAGCAUUAAUGCGCAUCGUCCGUGCUUGCUCCAACUGCCAAAGGCGUAAAGAAAAAUGCGAUCCUGGUACACCGUGUAAAGCUUGUGUUGAAUACUAUAAAGGAGAUCUGGUAAACCAUCCUUGUCGGGACCAUACACUUAGCGAUUUAUCUACGGCUUUCCUUUCUGACCGCCUCGGGUGGCAUCCGACUGAUCGACCCGUGGAGUCGUUCAUUCCCGCUGGCAGUUUCGAAAUAUCCACAGACUUUACCUACACAGUUCCCUUGAACUUCGGCUUUGGCCCAAAUUUCCCCGUCGCGGUUCACGCUAUAAAGUUGAAGGGCAAUCGCCGCCUAGUACACGAACACAUCAUCUACGCAUGGCCGCCAGAAGUCCCCACCGGACACACACACAAGCAUGCUGUUCUUCCAGCUGUACUGACCGACGCUGCCCAGUUCCAUCUGAUGCAGACGUUGGAUUCCCACUUAUCGCUACUGGUGACACGCCACUUCCACGCUUUCCCGCUGUUCCGCUCACCUCUCAGGGUUUUGCGCGAGAUAUAUGUAUUUUCGUGUUCUAUCCCAGCAAACUCCACACACUACCGCAUACUCCAUCAAGCACUCAAGCUUCUGGUACUGGUCCAUGUCGGCGGCGACAUCACGCUACCGUCCCCUUCAGAAAGUUCGGUGGUGAAGCAAUUCAUCAGCGACACGAUGGAUAUACCUAAGGAAAUCACCCCCACACCUUGCUUCAUCCGCGCCCAAUUUGGUCGAAUUAUGCCCGACCUGGCCCUCAAGCUAAUGAAGGAUGUCCUAUCAUCACUGGAACAACUCUCCCUGAACAAGGAUUGUAGUGACUGGCCUAUUGUCCUGGCCGUUCUUAUCAGUAUACUCAUGACGGUAGAGUCUGUCCACUACCAUGCUGCCAAGCUGCCUUACCACAACCGAUACGAUAUGCCACGACCCAGUGCCGAAGAGGACCUAAAGUUCGAUGAACAAGGGGUAAAAGCCUUGCUGGACUUUUACAGCGCAUGCUUCUCUGGAUGCCACGCCAGGAUCAGGCCAGACUGGGAAGGCGAGUCUGUGCAGUCGCACAACAUUGGAUCCCCUGAAGCCAAAUUCAUUGAAGGCUUGCGGUCAACCAUAAAAAUGGCCGAUAAUGCGGGCUAUCUGGCUCAGAAAGCGAAUGAGACCAGAGAAGGUGAUGACAUGGGCUACUUUUUCGAUCGAUUGGUUGCGCGUCUAUUGAGCUCAAAACUGUAA